AUGUUGUCUAUGCCUGCUUAUGUAUUAGUCUGCUUCUGGAUUUUAGUGAAGAGCUUGCAUUUUGUUUCUUUGGUUUUUGGAUGUUUGUCAUAUUACAGUUGCGGCACCGACCUUAAGAUAGCUAAAAUUGCUCUUUGUCCUAGCACUAGAAGAAAGUACAGCACUGGUGUUUCUUCCAUAACUUCAUUUGUUGAAACACAUCCUAUUCUUCGGUCUAGUGGUCUGCAGCAUUGGUACAAAAACUGGCAAGAACAAAGAAAGUAUAAGCUGACAUCAAGUACGUUUGCUGGGGCGGUUGGGUUUUGGCCUCGCCGAAGAGUCCAACUCUGGUUAGAGAAGCUUGGAGCAAUUGAACCAUUCGCUGGUAACCUAGCUACCUGCUGGAGCAACAUCAAGGAAGAAGAAGCACUUGAAAGAUAUAAACUGAUAACUGGGAACACUGUCAUCUUUCCUGACUUUCAGGUUUAUCGUAAGAUGAAUCCUGAAAGCAAUUGGCUUGCAGCUUCACCAGAUGGACUACUUGAUAAGUUUGUUUAUGGGUUGCCUUCAAGAGGAGUGCUAGAGAUAAAGUGUCCUUUUUUCAAUGGUGAUAUGAGCAAGGCUUCCCCAUGGAAACGAAUUCCUGUUCAUUGUAUUCCACAAGCUCAAGGAUUGAUGGAAAUAUUGGACCGGGACUGGAUGGAUUAUUAUGUAUGGACACCCAAAGGGAGCAGUUUGUUCAGGUUAUAUAGAGAUGUAGAAUAUUGGGAUGUAUUGAAUAUUGCAUUAUCUGACUUUUGGUGGAAGCAUGUCCAGCCAGCAAGGGAGUUGUGCAGUAACUCGGUGGUCACAAAUCCCCUCAUUCAAUUGAGAUCACUCAGGCCGGCACCUAGGCAUGAAAUAUGUAGUUUCAUUGUUUAUGAAAGUAAACGUGUCGUCGACAACUCCAAGUUGUUGAUGCGUGAAAUUCAGGGAAAAUUACAACACUGAUGCAGCUUGAGACUUAAUAAGUUCAGUUUG